AGCACUCGAGUGACCGCACCAUUUUUUGUCUCAGAAAGAAUCCAGCGAUGGCGGAAAUCAAAGCCGAUUCAGCUCUCCGGCACACUCUUGUCGUUUCAGAGCCGGGCGUUUCCGACGAGAAGCCGCCCAAGCCAAAGCGCGUCGCCUCGCUCGAUAUCUUCCGUGGUCUUACUGUUGGGCUAAUGAUCUUGGUAGAUGACGCGGGCGGCCAAUGGCCUGUGAUUGGUCAUGCGCCAUGGAAUGGGUGCAACCUUGCUGAUUUUGUAAUGCCCUUCUUUUUGUUCAUUGUGGGGAUGGCCAUUCCACUAGCUCUCAAGAGAAUACCAAAUAGACUUCUUGCUGUGAAAAAGGUGCUAACGAGGACAUUCAAACUCCUCUUCUGGGGUCUGCUUUUACAAGGUGGUUUCUCACAUGCUCCGGACAAUCUAUCAUAUGGAGUUGACAUGAGACGCAUAAGAUGGUGUGGCAUUCUUCAGAGAAUUGCCCUAGCAUAUUUGAUUGUAGCGCUGGUGGAAAUAUAUUCGAAGAGUGAACAAACUGAAGAUCAGGCAACCACCCAACUUUCAUUAUUCGAAUUAUACUAUUGGCACUGGUUGGUGGCAGCAUGCAUACUUAUUGUGUACAUGGCUUUACUUUAUGGAAUAUUUGUCCCAGACUGGAAAUUCACUGUCCAAAACCCUGACAGCGUUUAUUACGGCAAAACUUUAAGGGUAGUCUGUGGCGUUAGAGGAAAACUAGAUCCCCCUUGCAACGCUGUGGGAUAUAUUGACAGAGAAGUGCUCGGAAUUAAUCACAUGUACAUGCGUCCAGCUUGGAGGAGGUCUGAAGCUUGUAAUGAGAAUUCCCCAUAUGAGGGGCCUUUCAAAAGAAGUGCUCCUUCCUGGUGUUAUGCUUCUUUUGAGCCGGAAGGAAUCCUAAGCUCAAUAUCUGCUGUUCUGUCCACAGUUAUCGGAUUGCAUUUUGGACAUGUACUAGUACACUUGCAGGAUCAUGCUUCUAGGCUAAAGCACUGGCUUCUUAUGGGCUUGGCUCUCCUUAUUUCUGGACUCAUUCUUCACUUCACUCAUGCCAUUCCUCUAAAUAAACAGUUAUACACGCUCAGUUAUGUUUGUGUAACAUCUGGAGCUGCAGCAUUAGUUUUCUCUGCCUUCUAUAUUGUGGUCGAUAUUUGGGGUUUGAAAUGCUUCUUCUUGCCUUUCAAAUGGAUUGGUAUGAACGCCAUGCUUGUCUAUGUUAUGGCGGCUGAAGGAAUCUUUGCGGCAUUUAUUAAUGGGUGGUAUUAUGAUGAUCCUCACAAUACGCUGAUAUAUUGGAUCCAAAAGCACGUCUUCAUCAAAGUAUGGCACUCCAUGAGAGUGGGCAUUCUGCUCUAUGUUAUAUUUGCAGAGAUUCUAUUCUGGGCUGUCGUUGCUGGCAUUUUUCACCGACUGGGUGUUUAUUGGAAGCUUUGAAUUUUAUAUUGGUGUGAUUUAAUUUUCACUCAGAAUGCUGCUGUAUUCAGUAGAUCCGUGAACCCCUGAUGCAUCAUAACCGCACUCGUUCCAUGUGACUAUGCUUUAGAAAGAAUAUAGAAGUUGUGACGCUUUGGUCAGUGUGGUUUUUUUUUCUUCUCUUUAAGUAAAUGACAACUAAAAUGUUUGAGUUGAAAAA